AUGUCGGGGCUCCAGGAGUGCGAAGUCUUGGCACGGACGCGGGCCUUCGGAGGCUCGGAGUCUCCGCCCUCCGCAUCUUUCUAUCCUGCUCUCACUACUAUCCAGCCAUCAUCAUCCCCUGGAAGCGGAUGUGAUGGCCUCCAAGGCUCCGAAUCAUCAGAAGCAAAUCUGGAACGCGUGUUUUAUCAAGGCGAUGAUUCGAAGACGUCUUUUACUGUAGCUCCUUUGGGCACCCCAGAGGGGGAGAAGGCGGCCGGAGAAGCCGACGAUGCUCAGAUACUAAUCAAGCCUGAUAAAGAAAAUGUUGAGAAGAAAGGCACCAAUGGUUUCCUGAGAGUUUUCACUUUUGGCGACACCAAGCUCUAUGUCCUCGAAUGCAUUGCCGUCGUAGCUGCUGUUGCAUCUGGAGUUGCCCUCGCCCUGGUCAACCUGGUCAUCGGACGGUUCAUGACACUGCUUAGCGACUUCAGCUUCUCCGACGCAAGCUCCAUCCCUGACAAUUUCAUGUCUGCCGUGCGAACGUCAGCUCUCUACUUCGUCUACAUCGGUAUAGCCCGACUCGUGGCUACCUACAUAUAUGCGUCGUUAUUCACAUACGUGGCGUACCACUUGACCCGCAACGUCCGACAAAGCUAUUUACGAGCUGCCUUUAGCCAAGAAAUAACCUACUACGACAUGGGCACCUCUGGCUCCAUAUCCCAGCAGGCGACCACGAACGGCAAGCUGAUUCAAUCCGGCAUAGCAGAGAAACUCGGAAUUGUCAUCCAAGCCAUUUCCACGUUCCUGGCGGCAUUCGUGAUCGCGUUUGUCAAGCAAUGGAAGCUGACAUUGAUCCUCAUAUUUAUGGUGCCAACCCUGCUUAUAGUGCUCGGUGGAGCCGGUGCCAUAGAUGCCAUGAUCGAGACCAAAAUAUUGCAAAUAUACGCGCAAGCUGGUAGCUAUGCGGAGAAUAUCCUUGGAGGAGUCCGGACUAUCGAGACCUUCAGCCUUCGGUCAAGGGUGAUGGCCAAGUACAGCUCUUAUCUCCAGGAUGCGUACACCCAAGGUGUGAGAAAGAACAAGCUUUAUGGUAUAGUUUUUGGAGGGCAGUAUUUCGUCACCUACGCCGGAAUGGGCUUGGCCUUCUGGCAGGGCAUUGCCAUGCUUGAUCGCGGCGAGAUCUCCGAUCUGGGAACCGUCUUCACUGUUCUCUUCUCGGUCAUUAUUGCUGCGAGCACAGUCAUGCAAAUAAUGCCGCACAUGGUCACCUUCAGCCGCGCAGCCACCGCAGCUUCGGAGCUGUUCGCUCUCAUCGACAGGCAAUCCGAGAUCAACCCCUUUGACGAGUCAGGAGACAAACCUGACGAAACUGCUGGUGUCAUUGAUUUACACGGUAUUCAAUUCAGCUAUCCCACGCGUCCAGAUGUCACUGUCUUAGAGGACUUUACCCUGAAUAUUCCGGCGGGCAAGGUCACGGCAUUGGUGGGACCGUCUGGCUCGGGUAAAAGCACCAUUAUUGGCCUGCUUGAACGGUGGUAUAACCCUUGUGAAGGUGGAAUUUCUUUGGAUGGCAAGGACAUCAGCCAGCUCAACCUCAAAUGGCUACGGACCAACGUCCGUCUGGUUCAACAGGAGCCGGUACUCUUCAACGGCAGUGUGUUCGACAACAUCGCCAACGGGCUUGUCGGCACCAAAUGGGAAGCAGCAUCGCAAGCAGACCAAAUGCAGCGCGUCCAAGAAGCCGCAAAGCUCGCCUUCGCCCACGACUUCAUCCAGGACCUGCCGAACGGGUACCACACACGGAUCGGCGAGAGAGGUGGCUUGCUAUCGGGCGGACAGAAGCAGCGGAUAGCCAUAGCCCGUAGUGUCAUCUCGGAACCAAAAAUUCUACUUCUUGAUGAGGCGACCAGUGCGCUUGAUCCCCACGCCGAAGGCAUUGUCCAGAAAGCUCUUGACAGCGCCUCGGAGAAUCGGACGACGAUCGUUAUCGCGCACAAGCUCGCGACCAUUCGGAACGCGGAUAAUAUUGUAGUUAUGUCUCAGGGCAAGAUCAUGGAACAGGGCCACCAUGAAGAGCUGGUAUCUAUGAAUGGGGUCUACGCCACUCUUGUCAAAGCCCAGGACCUCGCGCCGGCUAACAUCGAGAGCCACGGCUCAGAGGGCACAAGCUCGUCCGAAGGUUCGGAAAACGGAGAUGAUCAUAUCGAUCGCGUUCAGUCUAUUGCCAAAGUCGGAACGGCCCAGGCGCAACAAAUGGCGGCACUAAAGGACCGGGAAAACCACGAGUUAUACGAUAAAGCGGGCAUAAUCCGCAAUAUUUGGAAACUUCUGCGCAGAACACCAGAUCUUUGGCUUUGGUUCACCGUCACACUAGCCACAUGCGUCGCGGGAGCCGCCGUCAACCCUGGGCAAGCCCUCUUGCUAGGGAAAAUCAUGACCGUCUUUAAUUCUCCAGACUUUGUUUCCCGCGGUAACUUCAUCUCAUUGAUGUUCUUCGUCAUGUCACUCGGCAUUCUCGUGGUAUACUUUUGCAUGGGCUGGUCGACCAAUACUAUUGCACAAGCUCUCAGCAGGAAGAUGCGACGUGAAAUCCUAGAAUCCUUCCUCCGACAGGACCUCCAAUUCUUCGACCGUCCCGAAAACACCGUAGGCGCACUCAUCAGCCGGCUCGACUCCUACCCACAAGCUAUCCUAGAACUCAUGGGCUUCAGCAUCGCCAUAAUCCUCAUGUCGGUAGUCAACAUCGUCGCGUCAAGCGUCCUCGCAAUCGUCGUCUCUUGGAAAUUAGGCCUAGUCGGCGUCUUCGCGGGGCUUCCACCCAUGAUGCUAGGCGGGUAUGCUCGCGUUAGGCUCGAGGCUAAGAUGGACGAUGAUAUGGGCGAGAGGCUGUCGGCGAGCGCUUCCGUAGCUUCGGAGAGCGUCAUGGCAAUCCGUACAGUUUCUUCGCUGGCUAUCGAGGAUGCCGUACUGAGGAAGUAUGUUAACGAGCUGGACUGCGCGAUCUCGAAGGCGAGCGGACCUAUGUUUCACAUGAUGACCUGGUUCUCGCUCACGCAGUCUGUUGAGUACUUUGUACUGGCCUUGGGGUUCUGGUGGGGAUCAAAGUUGAUUACCGACGGAGAAAUUACCUUUUACCAAUUCAUCGUAUCGUUCAUGGGUGUCUAUUUCUCCGGGCAGGCCACCGCGCUGGCUUUCAGCUUUGCCAGUAGCUUCACCAAAGCGAACCAAGCUGCCAACUACUACUUCUGGCUCGACGGACUUGAAGGCAACAUACGUGAGACUGAUGACAACCGCGAAAAGGGACCUGACGGUUGCAACUCGUACGACUUCCAAGACGUGCAGUUCUCGUACCCCUUGGCACCGGAUAACCGCGUUCUUAAAGGCAUAUCUUUAUCUAUCCAACGAGGAGAAUUCGUAGCCUUCGUUGGUGCCUCAGGCUGCGGAAAGAGCACCAUGGUCUCACUCCUAGAGCGCUUCUACGACCCUACAAGCGGCACCAUCGCCAUUAACUCAUCCACACCCUUAUCAUCCCUUAAUCCGCAUCUCUAUCGCAAGGAGGUAGCCCUCGUCCAACAAGAGCCAACCCUCUUCCCAGGUACAAUCCGCGAGAACAUCUCCCAGGGCGUGCCAGACUCCGACCUCAACACAGCAGGACUCGCACCAGACGAAGUCCUAGAAGAGGCCUGCCGCGCAGCAAACGCAUGGGACUUUAUCUCCUCCCUACCGCAGGGCCUCAACACGCCAUGCGGGAGCGGGACUUCGGGAAGCCAGUUAUCAGGUGGACAGCGGCAGCGCAUCGCCAUUGCGCGCGCGCUGGUGCGUAAGCCUGGCGUUAUUCUACUCGAUGAGGCGACGAGUGCUCUGGAUACCGAGUCCGAGAAGCUGGUACAAGCGGCGUUGAUGGAGGCGGCGGCGUCCAAGGAUAGGAUUACGAUUGCGGUUGCGCAUCGUCUUUCGACGGUGCGGGAUGCCAAUUGUAUUUUUGUUUUCUAUGCGGGCAGGGUUGUUGAGGUCGGCAGCCAUGCGGAAUUGGUUGCUAGGGGUGGGAUGUAUGCGAGGAUGUGUGAGGCGCAGAGGUUGGAUGGGACUGCGUGA